AUGCCACAAACGCAACAAUUCGGUGGUCCAUGGCGUCAAUUGUGGUAUUCGGAUUUUGAAGAAUUUCAAAGAUUAACAGAACCAAGUUUUGAUAACAACACAAUGAGUAAUAUAACCGUACAAUUGGGGGGAACAGCUUUUCUUCAUUGCAGAGUUAGAAAUUUGGGGGAAAGGACGAUUUCGGGGGUUAGAAAAAAGAGAUGGCAUAUAUUAACUUCCGGUAUGUUCACAUAUACAAACGAUGAAAGAUUCCGAAAAAUUUUUUUUAUAACAACAACAACAACAAGAGUUAAAAUCAUGUCCCAGACGGUUGGACGUCUCAAAGUAUCAACAGGUAGCGGUAUAAUGUCACAUUUUGUUAAUUUACACAUCGUCGUACCGGAAGCAUUCAUUCUCGGUUCUGGAGAACAUCACGUCGAUACCGGAAGUGCGAUAAGUUUGAUUUGCAUGAUUGAAAAAAGUCCUGUACCCCCGCAAUACGUAUUUUGGUUUCAUAACGACCGAAUGAUUAAUUAUGAUACUGCCAGAGGCGGAAUCACCGUGGAAACAAAUCCAGGGCCAAAAACUCAAAGUCAUUUAACAAUUCGAGAUGCUGUAGAUACAGAUUCUGGAAAUUAUACGUGCAGCGCAUCAAAUACUGAGCCUGCGUCCAUAUUCGUUUUCGUUUCCGAAGGUGACAAAAUGGCGGCCAUUCAAAGAAGAAAAACAUCGAGUGGAACAUCAAUGAUAUUAGAUGUUAUUCUAUGGUUAAAUAUAUUUCCCGGUUUAUCAUUAAUUAUUAGAUAA